CUCACGGGAUUCCGUAGUCAAACCCCGAUGACGAAAGAGUCUUCUGAAACCAGUAACGCUAGCACCCAGAGCUAGCUACAGCAACUUCUCACUAUAUUUUAGUCAGUAGUAUGUUUAAUACUCAUCGUUGAAUUACAUUGUUAGCUAGUUUGGACCAGAUGGCUGCGAAAAUCAACGAGGCGCACGACCACAUUGCCAAGGCUGAAAAAUAUUUAAGGACCAGUUUCAUGAAAUGGAAGCCUGACUAUGACAGUGCUGCAUCAGAGUACUCAAAAGCAGCUGUUGCCUUUAAAAAUGCCAAGAUGCUUGAAGAAGCGAAGGAGGCAUACCUGCAAGAGGCAGAAGCCCAUACCAACAACAAAACACUAUUCCAUGCUGCCAAGUGAGUAUGAAAGACAUGUCUCAUGUAAUGCUAUUCAUAGAGUCCAGAUGAUGUACAAUAGACACUGGUUGGUGUACUUUUGUCUGUAUUGGAUGUUGCUAAGGAGACAUUUCUGUUGCAGAGCACUUGAAGCAGCUGGUAUGAUGCUUAAGGACAUGCAGAGGAUACCAGAGGCUAUCCAGUACAUUGAGAGAGCAAGCAUGAUGUAUGUAGAGAACGGCACACCAGACACUGCAGCCUUGGCCCUCGACAGAGCUGGAAAGCUAAUCGAAUCACAGGAUCUAGCAAAAGCAGUGGAUCUGUACCAGAAAGCUGCAUCAGUGUUUGAGAAUGAGGACCGUCUACGUCAAGCUGUGGAGAUGCUGGGGAAAUCAUCAAGACUGCUCGUCAGGCAACACAAGCUUGAUGAAGCAGCAGUGUCAAUUCAGAAGGAGAAGAACAUGUAUAAAGAAAUAGAGAAUUACCCAACGUGUUUUAAGAAAACCAGUGCCCAAGUGCUAGUCCACCUUCACAGAAAUGACUUCGUAGCAGCAGAUAAAUGUGUUCGAGAGAGUUACAGUCUGCCGGGCUUCAGUGGGAGCGAGGACUGUAUUGCCUUGGAGCAACUCUUGCAGGGCUAUGACGAGCAGGAUGAGGACCAAGUGCACCGCGUCUGUAACUCGCCCUUAUUCAAGUAUAUGGACAAUGAUUAUGCCAAGUUGUCCAUCAGCCUGAGGGUUCCAGGGGGUGGUAAGAAGAAGAAGGCGCCAGCUGCCGAUGCUGCGGAAGGAGGAGCAGGUGCCGGAGAGGCUGACGAGGAUGAGUAUGCCGGUGGGCUAUGUUAGCCACAGAACCUGGACUUCCUGUCUGGACCAGAACACUUCCUGUUCCCUGUUAGGAGGGGAGUUUGAAUCUUCCACAGCCUGUCCUCUCAUUCUGAGCAUGUCAGGGAGCAUGUCUGCCUUACUCUCCCAUCUCCAGAAUCCAAGCAACAGCUGCAGGCACUCGGACCAUCAAGCAUUACGAGUUGCUCAGAACAGUAACAUGGUAACGUCGGUGUGGAAAAUAAUCACAUACUACUCAAUGAUUGAAUAUAUAUUAUUUGUCCCUUUUUGGGUUUACUGUGAUUGUAAAAUAUUGUUUAUUUUGCUGCAUUUAUUGUGAUAUAAAAUAUUAUAUUGCUUUUGUUGUAUUUGCCUCAGUGGAUUGAUCAGUGAUGUUUUUUUAUCUUUAAAUCUACAACCGUAUGCAACAAGAUACACAGUGUGAAAAUGUAACUUACAAUCUAAAAAUGCUGUGCCUCAAUGAUUGAUGUGUAAAGGGGUGGAUGAAUCCAUUUCUAUAGUAUAAAGUGUUAAACAGCUAUUUCAGUUGCUAUUGUCUGUGUGAAGGCUACACUCAUAUAUGGAAUCAAAUGAAUGCUGAGAAAAUAAUAUAGUGGGUAAUUUAGUAUAAAGUUAUUUAUUGUUUUGUUUCAUCAGGAUUUCAGAAUGCCUUUCCACAGUUUUCAUAUGGCUAUGCUUUUUAACCAACUGAAAGAUAGAAAUGAUGAUUCCUGUUUACAACUAAUCUUAAAAUGUGUGUCAAGUAUUGUGGAGCAUGCAGGCUGGAUGUUUGUGGCAUGCCUUCUUGUGUUUUUACUGAAUAAAAUGGCAGCAACAUUCUCAACA